GGAGGAGCCGGCGGUAGCGUGGCGGCUGCGGGCUCUGGGCUCCGGCUCCGGCUGCGGCUCGGCUCGCGCUUCCCUCUCGGCGUCAUGGCCAAGGCCGCCGACGUGGUGCGGCUGCUCCUGGGCAACACGGUGCUGUGGCUCUCGCUGCUGCGCUCCGGGCCGGCCUCCGCGUCCAAGGCGGUGACGGCUCACUUGGCCGCGAAGUGGCCCGAGACCCCGCUGCUGCUGGAAGCCAGUGAAUUUUUGGCAGAAGAAAGUAAUGAAAAAUUUUGGCAGUUUUUGGACACUGUAAAAGAAUUAGCAAUUUAUAAGCAAACAGAGUCAGAUUAUUCUUAUUACAACUUAAUCCUGAAGAAAGCUGGACAGUUCUUAGACAAUUUACAUAUCAAUCUCUUAAAGUUUGCUCUCUCUAUAAGAGCGUACUCACCAACUAUUCGGAUGUUUCAGCAGAUUGCCGCUGAUGAGCCACCACCAGACGGGUGUGAUGCCUUUGUGGUUAUCCAUAGGAAACACACCUGUAAAACUAAUGAGGUCAAAAAGCUGCUGAAGAAGGCUGCGUCAAGGCCUAGACCUUAUCUUUUUGAAAGGGAUCAUAAGUUUCCUACAGACAAAGAGAACUUACCGGUGGUUAUUCUGUAUGCAGAAAUGGGAACCAGGUCAUUUGGUAAAUUUCACACAGUAUUGUCUGAAAAAGCUCAAAAUGGGGAAAUUCUGUAUGUUCUUCGUCAUUAUAUUCAGAAACCAGCAUCACGGAAAAUGUACUUAUCUGGCUACGGUGUGGAGCUGGCAAUUAAGAGUACAGAAUACAAAACACUGGAUGAUACCCCAGUGAAAGCUGUGGCUAAUGCUACUGUUGAAGAUGAAAUUGAAACAAACGAAGUUCAAGGAUUUCUCUUUGGGAAACUAAAAGAAAGGUAUUCAGAUCUUAGAGCGAAUCUGACAGCAUUCCAGAGGUACCUGAUUGAGAGCAGCAAGGAAAUGACGCCUCUGAAAGUCUGGGAGCUACAGGAUCUAAGUUUUCAAGCAGCUUCUCAAAUAAUGGCUGCUCCAGUUUAUGAUGCCUUAAAGUUAAUGAAAGACAUUUCCCAGAACUUCCCCAUAAAAGCCAGGACUCUGACCAAAGUUGCUGUAAAUCAACAUAUGAAGAAGGAAAUACAGAAAAAUCAACAGGAUCUUCUCGACAGAUUUGAAAUCCACCCAGGUGACGCCUGUCUGUACAUCAAUGGCCUUCGUGUGGACGUGGAUGCCCAUGAUCCUUUUAGUGUGUUGGACACGCUGAGGCUGGAAGGGAAGCGGAUGCACGGGCUUCGGAGACUCGGGGUCGGCAGAGAGGACAUGAGCAAGUUUUUAAAGCUGAAUUCACGCGUUCGGGACAGUAACUAUGUGUUGGACAUUCGGCACUCUUCAAUAAUGUGGAUCAACGACUUAGAAAAUGAUGGUUUCUAUGCCGCCUGGCCCGAAAGCUGCCAGGAACUUCUGAAACCAGUGUUCUCCGGAAAAAUACCUUCCAUAAGGCGUAAUUUUCAUAAUUUGGUUCUGUUUAUUGAUCCUGCUCAAGAAUAUACCUUGGAUUUUAUAAAACUUGCCGAAAAUUUAUAUUACCAUCGCAUUCCCCUUAGAAUUGGUUUCGUGUUCGUUGUUAAUACCGCUGAUCAAGCCGAUGGGACGAGCGAUGCCGGAGUCGCUCUCUGGCGCGCUUUCACCUGCAUCGCGGAGGAGCAGGGCGCAUCACAGGCGUUCGUGUCCGUCGCACGCAUGUACCAAAAAGUAAAGAAUCCAAAUAUACUCACUGUGGACAAUGUGAAGAGUGUUCUCCAAAAUAAAUUUCCUCAUGCUAAUAUUUUGGAUAUUUUGGGAAUUUAUUCUAGAUACGAUGAUAAAAGAAAGGCCGGAGCAAGCUUUUAUAAGACGACUGGCCUGGGUCCUUUGCCUCAAGCUCUUUACAAUGGUGAACCCUUCAAAUAUGAGGCGUGGGAUAUUCAGGAGCUAGAGUCCGCUCUCCUUCAGAAAAUGAUGGAUAUGACCGUGUAUUUACAAAAGGAAGUUUUUAUGGGCACAUUAAAUGAUCAAACAAAUGCAGUUGAUUUCCUUAUGGAUAAAAAUAAUGUUGUACCCCGUAUAAAUCAUUUGAUUUUGUACACUGAAUGGCAGCACCUUAAUUUAAUAUCUACAUCAGUAACUGCAGAUGUUGAAGAUUUCUCCACUUUCUCGUUCUUGGAUUCACAAGACAAGAGUGCCGUCAUUGCCGAGAACAUGUAUUAUUUAACCCAAGAAGAUGAAAAUGCGAUUUCCUCAGUUACUCUCUGGAUUGUGGCUGAUUUCGACAAGCCAUCUGGGAGAAAACUGCUCUUGAAUGCAUUACAGCACAUGAAAACAAGUUUUCAUAGCCGGCUGGGCAUUAUUUAUAAUCCUACAUCAAAAAUAAACGAAGAAAGCACAGCUAUUUCUAGAGGAAUUUUGGCAGCUUUUCUCACACAGAAAAACAGCUUUUUGAGAAACUUUCUCAGGAAACUGGCAAGAGAAGAAACUGCUACAGCCGUUUACUCUGGAGAUAAAAUUAAAGCAUUCCUUAUGGAGGGGAUGGAUAAGAAUUCUUUUGAGAAAAAAUACAAUACCAUGGGAGUGAGUGUUUUUCGGACUCACCAGCUGUUCUGUCGAGAUGUCCUUCACUUGCAUCCCGGAGAAAUGGGGAUUGUCAGCAAUGGAAAAUUUUUAGGACCUUUAGAUGAAAAUUUCUGUGCAGAAGAUUUCUCCUUGUUGGAAAAGAUAACAUUUACUAAUUUAGCAGAGAACAUUAAAGACAUUGUUGAAAAUAUGGCAAUCAACUCAAAGAACAAGAGCGACCUUGUCAUGAGAGUUGAUGCCCUUGUUUCCUCUUUGCCGCUACGUGCAUCUCGUCAUGAUGUCACGUUCUUACAAGAGCAUCACAGCGUUCUGAAGACGGACCCUCAGGAAGCUGACGUGUUCUUCGAUGUCGUGGCUGUCGCCGACCCGCUGACGAGAGAGGCGCAGAUGAUGGCGCAGUUACUGAUCGUGCUUGGAAAGAUUGUCAACAUGAAGCUGAAGCUGUUCCUGAACUGCAGGGGCGAGCUCUCGGAGGCCCCUUUAAAGAGUUUUUACCGAUUUGUCCUGGAACCAGAACUGACGUCGGUGGCCAACGGCAUCAUUGCACCAGGAGCAAAAUUCUCAGACAUCCCUGAGUCACCCCUUCUCACCCUCAACGUGAUCACUCCCGAGGGCUGGCUGGUCGAAACAGUGCGCAGCAACUGUGACCUUGACAACAUUCACCUGAAGGACAUGGAGACAGCGGUUGUAGCAGAAUACGAACUAGAACACCUGCUCCUUGAGGGACACUGCUUUGACAUCGUGAUGGAACAGCCGCCUCGGGGUCUGCAGUUCACGCUCGGCACCAAAAGUCAGCCCGUCGCCGUUGAUACAAUAGUGAUGGCCAACCUUGGAUAUUUUCAAUUAAAAGCAAACCCAGGUGUUUGGAUACUGAAAUUACGCCAUGGAAAAUCUGAAGAUAUUUAUCAAAUAGUUGGGCACGAAGGGACUGACUCGCAGUCGGACCUGGGCGAUGUCAUCGUUGUGCUGAGCAGCUUCCGAAGCAAAACACUGGAAAUCCAAGUGAAAAAAAAGCCAGACAAAAUUAAGGAAGACAUCCUUACUGAUCAAGGUGAAAAAAAAGGAAUGUGGGACUCCAUUAAAAGUUUCACAAGAAGUCUGCAUAAAGAAAAAGACGAAACAGAAAGAGAUGUUCUGAAUAUUUUCUCAGUUGCUUCUGGCCAUUUAUAUGAACGCUUUUUAAGAAUCAUGAUGCUUUCUGUCUUGCGUAACACCCGGACACCCGUGAAGUUCUGGUUCCUAAAAAACUACCUCUCGCCAACUUUUAAAGAGGUGAUCCCUCACAUGGCCCGCGAGUACGGGUUCCAGUACGAGCUGGUCCAGUACCGGUGGCCCCGCUGGCUGCAUCGGCAGACGGAGAAGCAGAGGAUUAUUUGGGGUUACAAAAUCCUUUUCCUCGACGUCCUUUUCCCUCUAGCAGUGGACAAAAUCAUUUUUGUUGAUGCCGACCAGAUUGUGAGGCACGACCUGAAGGAGCUCCGCGACUUGGAUCUGGAUGGAGCUCCUUACGGGUACACCCCGUUCUGUGACAGCCGCACCGACAUGGACGGGUAUCGCUUCUGGAAGAAGGGCUAUUGGGCCUCCCAUCUUUUAAGAAGGAAAUACCAUAUCAGCGCCCUGUACGUGGUGGACCUGCAGCGGUUCCGGAGGCUCGCGGCGGGGGACAGGCUGCGAGGCCAGUACCAGGCCCUCAGCCAGGACCCAGACAGCCUUUCCAACCUGGACCAGGAUCUUCCCAAUAACAUGAUUUACCAAGUUGCCAUUAAGUCUCUGCCUCAAGACUGGCUGUGGUGCGAGACCUGGUGUGACGACGAGUCCAAACAAAGAGCCAAGACCAUCGACCUGUGCAACAAUCCCAAAACAAAAGAGCCCAAACUGAAAGCGGCAGCCAGGAUCGUCCCGGAGUGGGUGGAGUACGACGCCGAGAUCCGCCGACUGCUGGACCGCCUGGAAACCGGGAAGCACGCACUUUUGGCACAUGAUGAACUCUAGCCUUGGCCCUUAUGCCAGAGAAAAUGAAAGUACGAUGAGGAGGCUGCCACCUGCUGGGAAAGUGUGGAACUGCUGCUAAGACUUUUGGAAGUUUCAUUAAGGAUCAGUGACAUAUUCUUCAAUUUAAAAAAGUUAUUUAAAAAUACAUGUACUUGAUGUAUUAAGUUUAAGUUAUACAAGAAAUGGCCACUGAGUAUUUACAAGUAGAUUAUUCCUUUUUCCUGAUUGCCUAAAACACCGUGUUGUCACAAGUUCAAGGGCUGCUUGGCCAGGGAGCCCUGUGAACCCCGUCUGACCUGCGGGGUGUACCGGCCCGUCCACGUCCGUGUGUCCCGGCGCUGCGUGCACUUGUGUGCUCCUACUCACCAAACGCACUUCAGGUUGGAGAGCGUGCCGGCUUUUCUUUUGAAAAAGGGAAAAGGACUCAUGGUUGUCUCUGAAUGGUAAAAAUAAAUGAAGCCCAUUUACACCUUAAUUGCGGCUGUAAUCGGAAGGCAUCGUGGCAUUAUAAUGUUAUUUCACCUUAACUCAUCUGAUGUUUUAAUCUCAUACUGAAUCUGUAUUUUCAAUGUUUCUAAUUUUUCCUUUAUCAAAUGAUAUCUGUGGGCUUAUGGGGCAUAUAUUCCUUUUUAAAAAAAAAUGAACUGGCUACUUUUAUAGAAACUGAGUGCAGAAGGUGAACCGUGUCCUCCUGCUGUGUGUAAAUAACUGACGAGUAGGACCAGUCAGUGUUUAAAACCCACGUGAC